AUGAAUGAAAAAAAACCUAAAGUGAUUCUUACUGACCAAGAGUCUGCAAUUGCUGGGGCAAUAUCACGUGCACUACCUGGAACUCGACAUCGUUUUUGUCUUUGGCAUAUCACAAGAAAUGCUACAAAAAAUUUGGGCAGUAUAUACAAUGCACAUAAUGGAUUUAAGAGUGAUUUCAAUAAUUGCUUGUAUGGAUGUGAAUCCAUAGAAGAUUUUGAGUUUACAUGGGAUGGAAUGUUGGAGAAGUAUGGCUUGAGAGAUAAUAAAUGGUUGAUGGGAUUAUACGGGAAAAAGGAAAAAUGGGCAGCUGUUUAUACACAUAAUGUCUUCUAUGCAUCUAUGUACACAACACAACGUAGUGAAAGUAUAAAUGCCUACUUUGAUGGGUACUUGAAGAAGGAUAUGCCAUUAUGUGAAUUUGUAAAAUAA